GAAAAUAUGUCGAUUGGUAUAACCAGAGCAACAAAACAUACCAUGCGUGGAACCACAUUAGGUAGGACUCUCAAGGAUCCACGGUACGCGGCCACUCAGCUUUGCAGGCUGUACUCCUUCACGUCCACCACUUCAGACCCUCAUAUCCAGACUCUCCUCCUCAACACUGAGCUCAGUCUGGAUGAUGCCUCCAACGAAUUGCGCUGGAUAAUUGCAGAAGUGCGGGACGAAGCUAAUAAAAUGAUGACAAGGGGGAAACUCCCACCCAUCGAGGAAGAGCGAGUAGAAGAGCUGGUGAAACGACGAAGUGCUGGAGAGCCGCUGCAGUAUAUCCUGGGAUCUGCUGGUUUUGGACCAAUAAACAUCCGCUGUCAAAAGCCAGUACUCAUUCCCCGUCCAGAGACGGCACACAUCUUUACCCGCCUAUCAUCCACCAUUCUCUCCUCCGUAUCCUCUCUUACAUCUUCAUCCCGCCCUUCAGCACAUUUACCUGUUCUCGAUAUCUGCACCGGAACGGCUUGUAUACCUCUAUUGCUCGCGCAUUUGAACCCUCUUUUGACAGCUGUUGGAAUUGACAAUUCUCCAGCGGCAGUUAGCCUCGGAGGGGCAAAUGCCAAGAUCCUUGGGAUGGAGGGGAGGGUGAAAGUACGGUAUGGAAAUGUUUUUGCUGAAUCGACGAGACUGUUGGGGAGGGAAGGAAAGGUUGGGUUGGUAGUUAGCAACCCACCGUAUAUCCCGUUCAAGGAGUGGGAACAGUUACCGAAGAGUGUAAAAGACUGGGAAAGUCCGGCGGCCUUGCUUGGGGAUGGGAAAAAUUAUGGGGAGGGAUUAGCUUUUUAUGAGAGGAUUGCGGAGAUGCUGCCAGAUCUGCUUCUGGAAGAAGGGGAGAUGGAGAAGAAGGGAUGGAAAGGGGUCCCCCGAGUGGCUGUUGAAGUUGGAUUGGGUCAAGCAAGGAAGGUGGAGGAAAUUUUCAGAUGCGGACAGAUUAACAACACGGAGGUCUGGCAAGAUCAAUUUGGUAUAGAGAGGAUGGUGGUGGGAUGGUCAUAAAACUGCAUAAAAGUUCAUGAUAUGUCG